AUGAGUUCCAGUAACUUGGACGACAAGAAAGAGCAAAACGACCGCACCAUCCCCAGCAAUGUUUCAGAGUCUGGAACCGGUAAUGAAGACUGGGCAUUACUGCUGUCAGUUCAGGCUGUUAUGUCAUACUUCAUGCCACAGAAACAGGCAAGUUCGUCAGCAGUCACAAACUCUGGUCUUAACAGAUUCCAGACCUCAGCACUGGAAACUGAGGAUCCAUUGAAAGAUAACGAUAUUAUUCGCGACCUUCCCAAAUCUUCUGUGUUCCAAAUCGUUAGUUCGUUGAUCCUCCCACCAUCACCAUCCAUAAAGUAUAUCACAGAUCCGUCGAGUCGAGAAAACGUGGUGAUUCACGAUAAAGUGUAUUCCGAAGAAGACUUGCCCCCUUUAAAGGAACACAGCAGCACCUCAAAACUGGAGAGUCUGAGCAUCGGUCAAAAAUUAAACAUACACAAAAGAUUACUCGAGACUAUAGACUACAAGAUCGAGCAUUUGGAAGAGGCUAUAGCUCGCGAGUACCACAAGAAAAUGACAUGGCGCAAGGUUUUGUUGCGUCUUAAUAUUGACGCCCAAUAA